AUGCAAGCCUUACCAGAGUCGCGACAACAGACCUUCGAGGAGAUCUAUGGACCGCCGGAAAACUUUCUGGAGAUAGAGGUGAAAAACCCCCAGACUCACGGCUCCUCUCCUCGAAACAUGUACACUUCCUACGAGAUCCAUACACGCACCAACAUCCCCGCGUUCAAGCUACGCCACUCGGUCGUGCGCCGCCGCUAUUCCGACUUCGAGUACUUCCGAGACAUUCUGGAGCGGGAGAGUGCCCGAGUCACCAUCCCGCCGCUGCCGGGGAAAGUGUUCACGAACCGCUUCUCAGACGACGUGAUUGAGCAUCGAAGAGAAGGACUCCAGCGCUUCCUGCAGAUCGUCGCCGGCCACCCGCUGCUGCAAACCGGGAGCAAAGUCCUCGGCGCCUUCAUCCAGGAUCCGAACUGGGACCGCAACGCCUGGUGA